AUGUCUCUGUUGUUUUCUCUCCUCUCAGCCAUUCCCGGCAGCAUGCUCGUCUUCUUCCUGGUCUUCCAUACAAGUCAAGCUUACACGAGGUUCUUCACGCAGUAUCUCGCCUACAGAAGUGCCGAGGAAGAAGCGAACGUUGAAUUCGUAAACCCGCUUCCGCGCUUCGUCAGCUCCAUCAAACUAGAAGUGAUUGAGGAGCCUCUGUUGUUCCUAGAACUGUAGAUUGAGAAUUCCAUCAUCUCUGUACAGGCUCGGACCUGUCGUAUCUGUUCUGAGCUCCGGACCUUCUUUCCGGACAAAGCUUUCCCCGAGGCCCGUUUGGAGCGCGUCACAAUUGCCCGGUGGAUGAUUGGCAUCAUGUAUAUGGGUCUAGCAAC